AGACAAUGCGUCACCACCAAAACCGAAUUUAUCCGGUAUCAUCCACAAAACCAUUGGCACUCAGUCCGUCCUGGCUUAUUGUUGACUACUGACAGGCAGCAGAGCUUUUGGAACCGGCGGCGGUCGAGUUCUCGAGCCCACGCACGGAGCAGCGCCGCCGCAAGCGCAUCGGGCGGCGGGCAAUGGCGACGCCGCCACCGCGCCCGUACCGCUUCCCGGCGCUGCCGGAGGCGGCCGAGCAGGAGGAGGACGACCGGGCGGCGGCGCGGUGCAGCAGGCAGUCGUGCGGGACGUGCAGCGCGUCGGCGGUGGCGAGCUGCGUGGCGCUGUGCCUCUGCCCGUGCGCCGUGCUCAGCUGCCUCACGCUGGCGCUCGUCAGGGCGCCCUACGCGGCGGGCCGGCGGUGCGCGGCCAGGAUCGCCCGGAGGCGCCUGCGGAAGGCGAGGGCGAGGCGCGUCCGCGACAUGGGCGACGACGAGCAGCAGAAGCAGCAGCUGGGCCCGCGGCGGAGCAAGGAGUGGGGCGAGCUGGCCCGCGCGGCCGCGGCCGGCGGCGCCGAGGCCAGGGCGAAGGUGAGCUCCAGGAUGGACGCGUCGGAUGAGGUGUGGGCGGACAUGUACCAGGUCGGGCUCUGGGGGUUCGGCCGGCUGUCCUUCUCGGCGCCGGUGGUGACCGGGGCCGGAGGCGACCCCGAGACGGACGACGACGCAGCUCCUGAGUGACACGUGCACUGGCCAUGUCUAAUGUCUUCCUGUACAAACUUUUUUUCUUCGUCAAUGGCCUGCACAAACUUUGCUUGCAAGCAGGUCACGCGGCGUGUGGGUUUUGGUGAAGUCUUGGGUUGGGCACGGCGCUGGGAUGCCUCGUGGGUGUGACUCACCUUCGUUGCUGCAGCAGAACUAUGCACACGGUCGCACUCUGUGCAUGGUUGUGCAAACUGUUUUCUUUGGCAGUGACCUGCACAAAUUUUCUGUGUGCUCGUGUGGGUGAAAGAUAGCCGCAUCAUAACAUGGCUUUUAUUGCUGGGGCAAAACUAUGUACAAGAUUGCACUCAGCCUCACUAGUAGUACAUCAUUGCAUACACUCCCAA